AUGACUCCUAUUGAUUCUGGAUCUCUUGUGCUUGUGACUGGUGGUAACGGCUUUAUCGCUGCCCACUGCAUCGCUACUCUUCUUCGCUCCGGUUAUAAAGUCCGAGCGACCGUUCGAUCAGCUGAAAAGGGCGAUUCGACACGAGAGUCACUCAGCGCCGCGGGUGUGAGUGUGAGCGAUCUUGGAGACCUAGAAUUUGUCGUUGUUCCCGAUCCAACCGACCUUCAACGUCUAUCGUCUGCCUUGCAGGGUUGCCAAGCCGUACUACACUUAGCAUCGGCCUUCAACUACGAUGCGGUCCCAGCAGAAUUUGAAGAAAAGUUGAUGAUGCCAGCACUCAAGGGUACACAAGUAGUCUGUGAGGCAGCUACACAGCAGUCAACUGUACGACGAGUCGUCAUCAUGUCGAGUUUUGCUAGUGUUUAUGAUGCUAGUCUGGGACUUCAGCCUGGUCGUGUAUACACGGAAGAGGAUUGGUGUCCGUUGACCUAUGAGGACGGCGUUAACGCAUCGGCCGUUCCCAUCGCGUAUCGCGCAUCGAAAGUUGUCGCUGAGCGAGCGGCCUGGGAUUAUGUGCGAGAUCACCAAGUGAACUACCAGCUUGUCACACUUUGCCCUGGAAUGGUAUUCGGGAAGAUGAUCCACCCCAUUUCAUCAUUGUCGCAGUUGAACGCUAGCAAUCAAAUUGUGUGGGGGGUCCUGAAUGCAGGCAGAGAUGGGGAAAUUCCACCUACCAAGGCGCCCGGUAUGUCCGAAUUCCGCAUCCUUCCAAACUUUUCCUUUGCUUAUCCAGAAUGUUUAGUAUGGAUUGAUGUCGAAGACCUGGCGGAAGCUAGUAUGAAGGUUUUGAGCUACCCAGCGACCAGUCACGACCGUUUCUUGGUUACACAGGCAUCGUACGACACCCAAGAGAUUGCUGAUGUCGUUCGUGCACAGUUUCCAGACAGACAUCAAGCCCCGCUUGGUGAGCCAGGAAAUCGCCUCGCUCACACACAUUAUUCCUGCGAUUCUUCCAAAGCACAGAGGGUUCUCGGUCUCAAAUUCAAGGGGUUGAAAGAGUCAAUCAUUCCCUUGGCUGAGCAGUUGUAUGACAUGGCAAAGCUUUGA